AUGGAAAUAAUAAUUGAUGAGUUGGGUUCUAGAACGAUAUUUAAUGGACAUGAACCGCUUGUUGAUGAUGUGUAUUUUAGAGGAAACAGAAUCAUAUCAGCUAACUGGGAUGGUAUCCAUGAUAAGGAGAGCCGAUUAUUAGGUUAUUCAUUUACAGCAGGUCAUAAACUUUGUGAAGAGUUAAUCCAUCCCCAUCAUGAUCCACAUCGCCAUUUAUAUGAUGAAUCAGAGUGGACUAACACGGGGGUUAUAAAACGAGAUGUGGAUAAUGUACUUUCAGAUGGUGUAUACUACGUUACUGUUCGUGCUUUAAACAAAGUAGAAUAUGGUGGACCAUUAGCUACAACUAUUUGUCAUUCAACUCCAUAUAUAAUUGAUAACUCUAAACCAUUUAUACAUGAAGUAUUUAAUGUGGAGUAUGAGGAAGAAACUAAAGAUUUAUCCGUAGAGUAUAAUUCUACAGAUCCAGAAUCUGGAAUUAGAGAAGUAGAUAUAUGUUUGGGUGAAACAACUAAAGAUUGUUUCAUCUCUGACUGGAAACGUUAUCCACAUUCCGGACAAAUUAUCCAUAACACAUCACUACCAGGUGGGGUUCCAGUAUGGACAAAAAUAAGGGCAUGGAAUAACGUUGAGUUGGCUUCGAUCAAACCGUCCGACCGUCCAUUGAUUAUAGAUGUUACACCACCUAUAGCAGGCCAAGUAUUUGAUGGACCGAUAUACAAACAUGAUCAAACAUACACUAAAUAUAAUAAUAAGCUUUGUGCCAAUUGGAUUGACUUUUAUGAUCCAGAAUCUGGAAUUGCAUCUUUUACAUUAUUUGUUCGGUCAAUGGAAACAAAUGAUUAUCUUAGUCUGGGUACGGAAUACGAUCACGGAACACACCAGGCUUGUGUUGAUGUUACAGAUCAACUUCUACAGCACAACAAGGUUUAUUACAUGGAAGUAUGGGCCUUUAAUGAUGGGCAUAUACAACUGAAUACUUCGGCUAAAUCGAAUGGAGGUAGGCUGCGAACUUUCAUAGCAUGCUAUCGUGUACAUUCAUAA